AUGGAUAAAAAAGAAGAAAAUGAAAAACUAAACUUUUUUUCAGAAAAUUUUGAUCCGUUAUUUGCUUUGCAAAAUGCUGAUAAAGUAAAACUGCCAUUUCCCAAAAUAAAACCUCUGGACAAUAUCCAUAAAGCUAGAGUUUUAUUACAUCCAUCUGAUGAAAACUAUGUUCAAAUUAAAAAACCACAACCACAAUCACAACAACCACAACCACAACCACAACAACCACAACAAACACAACCACCACAAAUACAACAAGAACAAGAACAAAAACAACAAAACACUGCUCUAGAAACAUCACAAUCCAAUACAACUCCAUCGGUUACUACAAAUAUUAGUACAGUCACAUCCACAACAACAACUACAACAACCAUACCAACAGUAAAUGAAAAAUAUUCAAAUCCAAAUAUAAAAAAGGUUGAUGUUGAAGAAUUUAAAUUAAUCAAAAAUAUUGCAAAUUUAUUUACAGAUGGUCCAAUAAGUUUAUUAAGAAAAGCUUUAGAAACAAAAAGUAGAAUUAAAAUUAUCAUUAGAGAUAUUAGUUCAAUUAGAGGUUAUUGCCAGGGCUAUCUUGUUGCAUUCGAUAAGCAUUGGAAUAUCAUAUUAAGAGAUGUAGAAGAAGAAUACACUGAAUAUCACUUUUUAUCAGCAGAAGAACAAGAAAAAACAAAUAGACAUCAAAAAAUCAAAAAAUAUUAUGGUCAGUUAUUUAUUAAAGGUGAUACAAUAGUCUCAGUUAUACUAUUAAGUUAA